CUCAAGGUUGCAAAAAGCGAACACUUGAUCGCCGAUUUGUUUACUCGGUAUUAUUAAACUACGGGGCAGGGUCUGUAGUGCCACUUGAUAUUCCUGCUACCAAAUAUGAAGCAAAACGUACUUCAAUAUUUGUUGUAUGAUGGAAUGAAUACGGAAGGCCAGUUAUUCAGGAUUAAAAAAAAUGAUGUGGUUCAUUUCGUUUUGGACGUGUCUCUGAUUGGUUGCAAUGUCCGGUUUUUUAUUAAUUAUCCUGAUUCCGGAGUUCCAUUCCAGCGGUUGCAAUAUCGAGAGCUGCCUUUGAAUAACCCAACUCUUACUGGCAAACAAUCGGAUUGUUUUGAUAAUUUUUUCGAGUUAAAGAAAAUAAGUGUCUGCGGAUCUUUUCACUUUUACUUUUCAAAAGAUGGAUCUUCUCCUAGCACCCCAUCAACCGCAACAUGUCUGAACGGGAAUAUAGCUGGCUCAGGAUAUAUUAUCGUUGAUCCAGAUUUCACUGGUAAAAAGGUUGCCACGGAGCCCUCCAAAAAUAGCUGUGGGAAAAAUUGGGAUUUAAGUGGCGUGGUCCUUCAGUCUUAUUUGUCCAAGAAUCUUGGAAUAUUCCCUGAAUGGGAAUCAAGACUUUAUACAGCCAGGAAUGGUGGUUAUAAUAUGAUUCAUUUUACUCCUCUUCAAGAACUUGGCUAUUCUCGUUCUGCUUACUCUCUCAAAGAUCAACUCACAGUCAAUCCUAGCUUUACUCCACCUGGGGCAACGAAGAAGGUGGACUGGACAGAUAUUGAAUGCUUUAUCAAACAUUUGGAAAAUAAUUGGGCAGUACUUAGUAUGACCGACUUAGUUUUCAAUCAUACUUCAAAUGAUAGCCCCUGGGUUCACGAACAUCCUGAAUGCGCUUACAACGUUGUUAAUUCUCCUCAUUUAGCUCCAGCGUAUAUUCUGGAUCAUAUUGUCUGGCGUUUAACAGUAGAAGCCAGUACUGGAUCACUUGCAAGUUAUGGUAUCCCAGCAAUCUUAAACAAUCCAGAUAGUGAGCUUCCAGCUAUAGAAGUUUGGUUGACCCAGAAGAUAGAAGCAGCGAAGUUAUAUGAGUUUUUCUUAGCAGAUGUUGAUAUAGUAUCAAAAGAAUUCAUUUCUUGGUUAAGUAAGUUUCUAAAGUAUUCUACCCACUUUGUUUCCGUCUUUCAGUACUUAUAACAAAUGGUUUUAGCUGAAAAUCUUAAUGAGAAACAAAAAUAGAUGACUUCCGGCAGCACCAUUGACGUCAAUUAUUUAAAGCAUAAAUAAUGUUUACAUACCAACAUAUUUUGGCAUUAUAAAUGAUACUUCGAAUUACAUUUUCCGUAAUUUCUUGCGAAUAAGGCAAAAAUAUGUUCUUGUCUCAUUAUUUACCUCAAAAACGAUAAUUUAAUCAUACUGUGGAUGUCAGUCAGCCAUCUCAUUGUCAACGUAGAGCCGGUCCAAUUUGUCAUACCAACGUGACACAUGGUGAAUAGCUUAGGAGUCACACUAAUGUACUAGUAAUGAUAAAAUGAGAAGCUACCCACCUCAAUCAAUGAAGACUCAUAAUCUUAUCAAUCGACUCUGGUGAAUGUAAGUGAAUGUGAGCAAUGUAGUGUUAGAUAAUGAUUCAAUUUUUAUAUUUACGUGUAGCAUAGAUUUAUUUAGAUUGUAUUUUGUGAUAAUCUAAGUCUACGGUCCAUAUUGUUGAGGUAGCAUAACCAUUUUUUGUCAAGUGAAGCGGAGUUUAAUGUUACCCUAAAUCUUUCCGCUAUUCCUUCAGCCUUGAAGUUUGAAAACCUUUUCGGACAUAUAGAUAAGCAAACAAGGACCUCAAACGAGUACAUAUUGACACAAGCUACCGUAAUUUACAUUAAAAAAUGGAUUUUAUCACGUUUAGUACCAUUUCACGACUACUUUAAUUAUUCUUAGUCUUGGAUAGACCAGUUAAUUUAUUCUUUUUGGGUCAUUAUCUACACAUACAUUUGCUUUUGUCAAAUAUUCGCUUAUAACAUUGAUUAUUAUUAUAUGAGCGCAUGUGUGUGCGAAAGACAACUAGGAAGGGAUCACGGAAGCAAUACACCGUACCACAAAGUGCUAGACCACAAGAAGUUCCAUCGUAAAAAAUAGAUCUCUAUCGAUAUCCUGUGCAUGACUCAAAAAAGCAAGAAGACAGUAAUUAACAACAGCCGAACGAGAGCAGAUAAUGCCAAGGUGCAGGCCAAAUACACAGAAGAAGACAAACGCGUGAAAAGACUCAUUAGAGCCGACAGAGGGAAAUAUGGCCUAGCAACGAAAGCAGGAGGGCUGCAAGCAAAGAAAAUAUCAGACAAUUAUAUAAUACGACGAAGAAAGUUGCAAGGAAAUAUAGCAACCUAGAGCGACCGUGUAGAACACUUUGAAAAGCUCUUGAGUAGAAAAGCCCCACUGAACCCAAACAACUUUGAGGCAACACACAGACCUUCCCAUAGAUGUUACCACACCAACAAUCAAGUAAGUAUGCAUUUCCAUAAAACAUUCAAUAGUGAUAAGGCAGCAGGACCAAACAGCAUACCAACAUAAGCACUAAAGUCAGACAUGGAAGUAAUUGCAAUGAUGCUUCACAUUCUCUUCAGAAAGAUUUGAUAGAAAGAGCAAGUACUAACAGGGGUAACAGGCUUAAGUAAAUGAUUGUGGGUCUACCACUCACUCUCUUCGUCAAAUAGAUUUAGUCGGUUUUUCUGUCUGACUAUAAAUAUUGAGUCACGCCUCAUUAAAUUGAUAUGCCACGUUUGCCUUCUUCGAUCAGUUUCUCUCUUAUCUGUCUGUCUGCGUUUACAGAUGAAUGAGAUAUAUGUAUUGAAAACUCAUUCUCGUAUUUGGCCUACUUUAUUUCGUCAUGCACUGACGAAAAUAUGUACGAGGCCAAGCGGGAUGUGUAUUUUAUUAACGUCAUCAUUCAAUAAUAAUCGAGUCAGACAACAGGCCUAUAGGAUUAAGUCGAUAGAUUGAACAGAAAAAGGAGUGGAAAUGGUAUACAUUACAGUGAGAAAUUCGAUAUCGGAGUGAUUGUUGAAAAGAAUCUAAUGGGGUCGAGGAAUGACAAGUAUGAAUAGCUUGGAUAUUCUUACCAUUGUUAUAAUGAUAAGUAUUCGAGAAAGCAUGAUAACUACAGCGAAUUUGAUUUAUGGGUUUUAAAAUUCUUCAACAGUGACAGGGAGUUUCUCUUGUAGCUUACAUGAGUCAGAAAUAUACGAUAGGAUUUUUCAGCGUAAAAUAUAUUACAGGCUGAUAUUUACACAAUUCGUUCAUUUUGUUCACGGAACAGAGUCCUAUCUUCCAUGCCAAGUGCGGUGUUUAAUAAGUUUUUAAUUACGUUUGAUGUCGGUUCAAAACUCUAUGUAUUUCGCUUAUACAUAAAAGUUCCUUUGUUUGGUUUUUGAAGAUAGGUAUCUAUGUUUUAGAAGCUUUUCAAUGGCUAGUGAUAGGUAAUUAUUCAACAUAUAUGACACUCAUAUUCUUUCGUUGGUUUUACUCUUCCCUGGUGAGCUUUUUUGCCUUCCUAAAAACACCUUCAACAAUGAUUUUGUGACUUUUUAUGGGGAUAUUUAAGUCAAUUUAAAACAAAAACAGACAAGUAUAUUCUGGUAUUUACAAAUAUUGUGUUGUUGCUUUAAAGUUGCUCAUUUACUUGUUCAACUUUUAGGAAAACAUGCAACAUUUCCUUCAUUAAUUUCCCCGAAUGAACCUAACUUGUCGCUGAAAAUUGACGGGGCCAGAAAAGGAAGACGAUUUGGGGCUACUGUUGAUUUUUCAAUAGCAUGUCAUGAAAUUGUCGGUAAAAAUGAGAAUGAACUCCCCCUUUCUGAAAGUGAGGCUGAAGCUGCUGGUGAAAAGUUACGAGUCAGGUUAAUAUCUCUAAAUUAUGACCAAGUUAAUGAAACUAAGCAUCAUUUGCAAGCUGCCGUAGGAAAUGUUUUGGCAAAUGCUCGCUAUCGAUUUUACGAUCCUCAUGGACUUAAGCUUAAGCAAGUUACGUUAGAUACACCUAUUAUGUGGGCAUACUUUUAUCAUCCAGUCCCUGACGUAGAAACCAUUGAAGAAGCUGAAGCAAUUUUGGAAACCAAAGAUGCCGCAAAAAUUAUGGCUUUUAAUGGAUGGGUGAUGAAUGAUGAUCCUUUGAAAAACUUUGCAGAACCUAGCUCAUUUGUAUACUUACGCCGUGAACUUAUAGUCUGGGGUGACUCAGUAAAGUUACGUUAUGGUGACAAACCGGAAGACAGUCCAUAUCUUUGGGAUAGAAUGACUAAAUAUACGGAACUAACUGCAAAAAUAUUUCAUGCAGUACGAUUGGAUAACUGUCAUAGUACACCUCUUCACGUAGCACAAUAUAUGAUUGAUAAGGCUAGAGCUAUACGACCUAAUUUGUAUGUGGUUGCAGAAUUAUUCACUGGAGGCGAAUAUGUUGAUAACAUUUUCAUCAAUAAAUUAGGUCUUAGUUCUUUAAUACGAGAAUCCCUAUCAGCUUGUGACUGUCAUGAUUUAGGUCGACAAGUUCAUCGAUAUGGUGCAUCCCGACCUGCUGGAGCAUUUUUUGAACGAGCCAGUGCACGUCGUCUAUAUCCGAGUGUAUCACAUGCUGUCUUCUAUGAUCAAACUCAUGAUAAUCCAAGUGUAUUGGAGAAACAUUCUGUUUUUAAUUAUCUGCCUUUAUCUGCAGUUGGAUCGUUUGCUUGUUGUGCAAUUGGUAGUACACGUGGUUAUGAUGAAUUAGUCCCACAUUAUAUUGAUGUAGUUAAAGAGGAACGUUUCUAUUCGCGAUGGCCUGAUCAAGUCAAUUAUAAUAUUGGUAUAAUUAAGCCAAAAUCUAUUUUAAAUGAACUGCAUAGUUGGUUAUCAUCUGAAGGAUUUUCUGAAACAUUUGUAGACCAAAUUACACCAAAUGUAUUAGGUGUGACACGUUUUUGUCCAGAAACUCGUGAAGCUGUCCUAUUGAUAACACAUACAGCUUUUCAUGAUCCUGGACCUAAUCCACACCAUUCAGAUUUUCAUCCAAUUCGGUUGGGUGGACGAGUGAAUAGAUUGUUAUGUGAAAUACUCUCGACAUUUAAAGGGGAUUAUCCACCACAGAAAGAUUUUAAAAAGAAUCCACAGUAUAUAAAUGGUUUAAUGUGUAUGAAUUACUCAAUUUUACAAAAUGUACCAGCCACUGAAAGUAAAACAUUUCGCGUAGAAAGUUACUCAGAUGAACAUGGUGUUAUGGUGGAUAGUUUAAUAUUUUACAAUUUCCCACCGGGAUCAGUUGUAAUUGUUUCAAUUAAAUUAGAUGAUAGCCAACUACAAGCCAUUGCAGAUUUACAUAAUUUCAUGUCCCAACAGUUUGAUUGUCGUUUAUAUGAACCUCGAACAAGUCAAGCUAUGGGUAAAGGUGAAAAUGCCUAUAUUCCUUUAAGUUUGCCAUCAGGAAACAAUUCGUUACUAAAGCCGAAUUCGAUCAGAGUUCUUUUAGGCAAUAUGAAUUUAUUGGAACUAAACAAAUUACUCUUCAGAUGUUCUGCUGAAGAAUUAGCUGAUGGAUGUAACUUUAAUUCGUAUCAAAUACCUGAUUGGGGUUGGUUGGUUUAUUGUGGGUUUCAAGUGAGUACUUCCAUGCUUUUGUUAAACCUUUAUGUGAUUUAGCAUUUUUUCAGCUUCCACCCAUUAGGUCUCAAGUUCAAACUCUUAUCUACCUACUUCUGUCCUGACUGUCAUGUAGUUAUCACUAGCCCUCAAACAACUAGCAUGUUUAAAGUAGUUACGUAAACUACUGGAUGCCGGCCCAGUAAUCUAAAGGUUAGGUGUGCGCCACGAUUUAGGAUUGUCUAUCUAUACUGCUAAUGAGUCUCAUUCCAGGACUAUACAUCUGUCCAAUGCUUCUUGUUUUUUUAGUGGCCGCCUAACUCAAAUCAUCUCGUGAUAUAAACUAUGAGAAGCACGUUUUGAGGUUGAAUUCAUAAAACUAUACUUGGCAAACGAAUCUCAUUUCUACAGUUUUGAUCUAAAUUGAAAAAACUAAUUUAUUUAGACUGUGAAACAAGUAGAGAAAUCUUCGUUGGUUUUAAUUAGUCUCUGGAUGACAUUUAAAUUAUUCGAAGGUAAAGUGACAUAUUUCAAGAAUGUAUGAUGAACAAAUGAUCAUCCAAUUGUUCUUCUAACAUCAAAAUGCAUUCCACUGUUAAUCACUACCCAAAAUUACAAAAAUACGUGUAAUUAAUUGACAAUAUUGAAGCGCUCUUUUCAAGAUGUGCAUACUCUAAAAAGUGGCUGAUCACUUCCAGUCCUUAAUGCCAACAGGAAGAUGCAAACACUUAUAAAUUCAAUUGAUUCUCGUUACAUUAUCCAGUGCUUAUUUGAAAUUAGUAGCGGAUAGAUUGGGCAUAUUGGAGUGAAAUUUACUGGGUUCGAGUUUCAUUGUGGAUAUCAACACUGGAAUCCAGAUAGAAUCUAGAUAGUGAGUCUCAAGCAGGACGAAACGUGCAUCCUGGAUUCCACAUCUAGCCGCUAUCCGACUUCAAUAAAAUUAAAAUGGAUAGCUAUAUUUUCUCAAAAGUUAUAUACUGGUAAUUAUCACCAUCAACACAUAACUUUAGGUUUUCAAAGCUAGUAAUUGCUUUAUUCUUGUGUCCGUUAAAUAUUUCAUUUAAGUUUACUAAGUAGUCCGAUAGUAGAAGUAAUAAUCAUGAUAACACAACUAAUUUUGAGGAUAAUUUAUAACACCCUAUAAGGAAUUGGAAUCAGAUCAUGUCAGUGUGUUAUCCUUUGACCUCUGGAUUUUCGGAUCCAUUUCGAACAUCUGUCAUUUAACGAUAUUGCUCAGCCGUUAUUUAUAGUUGUUUGUUAUAUUUACAUUAAUAUCGACAUAGUUUAACUCCACCAGUCACGAAAUUUCAUGAUCUCGUUUCUUCUAGUUUACAUAAUGAACGUGUCUUAGGCAGACAGUAAUCGAAAAUCAGGAAGUACUGAACAGCCGUUUCGUCCCAGUAUGUGAUUUUUCAGCAGUACACAUUGACAGUCCCAUCAAAGAUUGUAACCACCACCUUCAAUCUCGCUCAUAUGCUCUACAAUCUCUACAUACUGCCUAAGGUGUCGUGGUGAGCGCUUAAACUUUAGACCACAGUGGUGGAACCCACGGGUUUACAUGUCUAACUUUAAUCAAUUCGUGUCGUUGUGCAUCUAUCUUGCACUGUUAUUGAUCGGUAACUAUCUCACACUCUAUAUGGUUGACCUCCACCAGUCAUAGCUUUUCACUUGAGUUUGAGGAGCUAACUUUCGUACUUAGUCAAUAGCAAGCACGUAAUUAUUAUUACUAUGGCAGGUUUAUAAAGAUUUGUUUGCAAGACUUAUUUUAAAAUCUCCCUGUUAUAUUAUUUGUCUGUUUUACUAUAUUUUUGCAUGAAUACCUUACGAAAUUUUUAAUUGUUCGAUUAUCUAUGCUAAUAAUUAUUUUCAGGUAGUUCUCAUAAACUAACAUUAGGGUUAAUCGAUAAAUAGUAAUUUUAUCUUCAAUGAUGCUUCAAUUAAUAUCGCUUGAUACCGUAAUUUGAUGUGCAACAUUUGUGUCAUUUGAAAUGCAUCUGUCUUGUUCGACUCGUUUAAAGUUAUGUAGUCGGACAAGGUGAAAUAUAUUUUUAUCCUGAACAAUUUAGCAUAGGAGUUAUUGGUGAACACUAAAAAAAUCCUGUUAGUAGGUUAUAAACUUUCCACACCUCAAUACUAUAUACUAUGAUUAGUGGCUUUAAGUUCCUUUUUGAAUAAGUAUGUUUUAACUAAAAUACUCUAUUGUGAAUCCACGAGCAUUCUUAUUAUCUGACCUAAAUGAGAUAACUGAAGUUCUCAGCUGACUAGCAUCGUCCCCACAGAGAUUUUGCAGUUCUAUAUUUAUCCAAUAAAGGAAUUGUUAUUAUGUACUAUUAAAAACCUGUAAAUUAAACAGAAAAAUUUGUUUUAUGAAUGGAAAAUAUGUAGCUUGUAAAUAAAUGUUGUCGAUAUCAAGUUUAAACUCAUUAAAAUUUUUAAACUGUGUGAGUCUUAGAAAAACUAAUUAAUACAUUUUUAUUAUUCUUUAAGACUGUUCAGUCUCUUUGCUACUGAAUGUAAUUGUACCACGUAGUACAUGUUGAACAUCAAUAAUAAUUAUUUGUAAUCAGAAUACAUUUUUUUAUACUAACAUCACCGAGGGUAGUACUGUUAUUUUCAUGUUCUGUACGUAAUUUUAUAGGGCUAGAAGAAGCCCUUGUAUAUAAUAGUUAACCGUUGAAAGCGAAGGCAGCCUACUUGAAUAUCUGAGCUACAUGUUCCUGUCAUUUAAAUAUUUCAGCAAGUUAUCUGUUUUUUAAAACUUUUUUUAACACCUCAAUAUGUCUAUUAAUCACAUAACAUAUUCAGGCGCGUUUAUGAAAGUUCUAUGACCUUUCUCUGUACAAGUUACAAGAAAGUGCGAUCAGUGACAUCGUGGUGGUUGGCAAUAUGAACUGAAGAGAAUGAACAUUAAUCAUAUGUCGAUACCUGAACUGCUAAAUUCUAACUGCCGAUCCCUAAUUAGCAAGAUGAACUAUCUUCAAUUCCUACUAAGUCAAAACAUGUAUCGUAAUUCUGGUGUCAUCACAAUUCAAGGAUCUUGGUUAACUGAUUUACAGGACGAUUGCCUAAUAUCACUACGUGAUUUCAAUAUCUAUCGUCAGGAUCUAUCAAGCAAUAAAAAGAGGUUUGGCGGCGUUGUAGCCACGUUUGUAAACGUGAAUGGUGUCGACCUACUUUUACAUGUUUCAAAUUUCCAAACGACUUUAUUGGCUGUUGAACUUUAAGUUGUCGUCCAAAACACUUAAAUACAAACAAAUAUGUUUAUGUUACCAACAUCUACGUGACUCCAGACUGCACAUCAUCUGCACUAUCUGCUUUCGCUGGUGAAUUCACUGAAUUUGCUGUUAUUGUUUUCAGUGGUUCAUUUUCAAUUAUAUGUAGUGAUUUCAAUACAUGUGACUGUAGCUUUCUUUGAUCACUAGGCCACCAAAAUGUAGUACAUUUUCCUGCUCUUAAUGAUGCUCAUUUAGACUUAAUUUUCAAUUAUGGUGUGGGUACAUAUGUAACUCUUAAACGUGCUCUGUUGUCUAGCUUGGACCACUGUAUAAUUCGUGUUCAACUUAGAGUAUAUGGAAAGUGUGGAAUGAGAACACACUUACAUCAGACCAAAAAAGUCAGACACAGGAAUUACCCAGAGGAAAAUAUCCAAAAGUUGAAAAGCAUGUUUCCUGCACCUACCGGGGAUUAUUUAUAGAUGACUCAUUGAAAAACACCGUUGAUGUUAUCACUUGUUAUCUUAAGUUCUGUUUUGAUUUUUGUUGUCCCAUGGAAACCAUUUUUGUAAGUUUCGAUCAACUUACAUCUCCACAACUAAAACAACUACGAAGGGUGAAAGAAAGAAAGUACAAGGAGAAAAACUCUAUUGAAGUUAGUAACCUAAAUGGUCUAAUAGACCUAGAGAUUAGACGUCUCAACUCUAUGUUUACUCAAAAACUCCUAUCUUGUAAAUGCUCUUCAUGUAUGUGGAAACUCUUUAAAGAACUUACAGUUGACAGACACAUUAGAAGCGAUAGCCAGCUGAAUGUUUGUUACUUAAAUAAGUCUUUUGUACGUCAGCUGAUGUAAUGCUCCCUAUAUCCACAAGUUUGAAGAAUGGUUGUGUUCCUAGUUUUACUGAAACUCGUGUCCGAAGAUAUCUCCAGUCACCUAAUUCAUCCAGAUGUUUAGGACCUGAUGGUAUCCCAAACCUCCUUUUUAAAAAAAUGUGCUGACGUCCUAUGUUAUCCAUUCACGACUAUCUUUAACAGAUCCUUCUCAUCUAAUCUCAUACCGAAAAUGUGGAGAAAGAUGAAGAUAAUCCCUGUGCCCAAGAAAGUAUCUGGUGAUAAGAAUGUGAAAUUUAGACCUGUUGCAAUAACUUCACCCUUCCUCAAAACAAUGGAAAAAUUAUUAAUACUUCCACUUCAGCCUGCGAUAAAACAGCUUAUUGAUCCGUAUCACUUUGCCUACAGAUGCAAAAGAAGCACCUUAGUUGCUGUGGUUGUUCUGCAUCACAAUAUAGUGUUCAACUUAGAAAUGGAACAUUUCAAAUGUAUUACAAGGAAUUCGUGAUCGAAACGAUUUAGGUCAUCCAAUUUGUUCACAUCUUCGUCAAGGUGAUUGGUUAGCCCAUUAUUUAACUGAACGUUUGGGAAAACUACCACAUAAUUCUAAUAAACUUAUCACUAAAGCAAUUAUUCAAAUGAGUGAUAUUUUAAAAAUUAUGUAUAAACCUCUGUCAAACAUUCCAAGAUAUUUAGUCCCUGCAUACUUUGAAGCAUUGACUGUUACAUUAACAGAAUUUAUUAAGCUUGAGAUUACAUUACGAUUUGCACCUUGGAUAAGAAGUAGCUCAUCACUUGCAAAAAAUCUAGCAGUAGCUACUACUCAGUUUUACGGUUUUAUUGGAAAUAGUCGUCUUCCUGGACGUGUCAUCCAAUUUAAUAAAGAUUCUCAAAAUCCAGAAAUCGAAGCAAUGUUUUGUAGUUUAGCUGCAGGUUUACCACAUUUUGCCGAAGGGAUGUGGCGUUCUUGGGGAAGGGAUACUUUUAUUUCACUCCGAGGUUGUCUUCUUCUAACAGGACGUUACCAAGUAAGCCAAAAAUGUAGUAGUUCGUCUCCUAUACGAAGUUAAAAUCUUGAAUAUUUUUAAAAUUGACAUUACUGAAUUCUUAUAAUUAAAAUUCAGAGUCUCUCACUCUUGUUGUGUUUCCGUAAUCACAAUCCUACAUUUCAAGACCACCAAAGAAACGUAUAUUUUUGCGUGUGCAAUUAACUUGUACCUUAAAUGCUAGAAGACAUUGUUCGCUUGCACGUUAUCCAUAUUUUUCUUUAAAAAAUAUUGGUCGCACAUGAUAGUUUUAACUUAGUUCAAAGUUGUAGGUGACGAAUUAACAACAAUUGACGUGAUUUCGAACUUCGGUAGAUACAUGUGGCUGGUUCAUCUGCUAAGCUAGUAUAGCAGCUACCAAUUUUCGCUUGAUAUAAUUACGCGGUUACCUUAGUAAGACUUAACAUCAGAAGAUGAUGCCACUGACUGUAAGUUUGUACUCAGAACGCUUCUUAAUUCAGGUCCACAAUACAACAUGAACUGAUCUUCACAGAUAGCGUUGGUAUUACCCAAAAUCAAAUGGAGAAGUGCAAAUAAAUUCACUUCUAACUUAUACGUUCAACAAUUUUUUUUGUUAUACACAUUUGUUAUCUAUCUACUUAAAUUUAUCUUGUUUAGUUUAAUAUCUUUCUUUUGGUGAUUCUUGCUUUUUAUAGGACUGAAGAAUGUUACGAAUUUACUAGAUGCCUAUGUAUAUGUAUAUGUGUUAACGACAUUCCAUUUUACACAAGUAACUUUGCUAAUUCCAACAAAAUAAUUUGUAAAAGCUCGUAACAGUUUAUUGAGGCACUCAGUGUCAUUCUAAGAGUUAUAUGCUUUAUGACUUAGGUUUUUUUAAAAAACUAGAUAUUUAUCCGUUGGAAUCUUAUGAUGACAUGGUCCAGAUGUUUCUAUUCUUUAUCUGGAUUGUCAACACCCGGAUAAAUUGAACUUUACUUAGGUUGCUCAAUCAGAUUCUUCUCCUUCUUAUGUGCAUCGAUUAACUACUACUAUUAAUGUGCACAACAGACGUUCAAUUCCAGUUUAAUAACACCAUAUAUCGUCAAAUCGAUGGCAUAGCAAUUGGAAGUCCACUAGGUCCAAUUCUGGCAGAUAUUUUUAUGGGGUAUCUUGAAAACAUGGUGCUUAAACAGGCGAUUAGCGAGACGACGGAAUAUUCUAGAUAUGUUGAUGACACGUUUACUGUCUGCAACAAUAAACAGCAUGCAAUCCGCCUGCUAGAACUCUUCAAUAAUGCUCAUCCUAACAUACAAUUUACUAUGGAACAUGAACAGAAUGACAUGUUCCACUUUCUUGAUGUUGCUAUAAAACGUAGGAGAGACGGGACAGUCCAACGUUCGGUUUAUCGAAAAAGUACUUGGAAUGGCCUUUACCAGAAUUUAAAUAGUUUUUGUCCACUGAAUUACAAGGCAUUAGUUAAAACACUAUUUUAUAGGGCAAAAAGGAUAUGUACUACUGACAAACUGGAAGAAGAAUUGAUGAACGUGGAAAAAUGCCUACGAGACAACUUUUACUCACAAAAGUUUAUUGACAAAUAUAAAAAGCGUAAAGAAAACACUACUGAAGUAAUUACGGUCAAUAAAAAACCAAUAACUAUAAAUCUUAACUUCAAAGGUGAAUAUGUUGUAAUCACAGUCAACAGGAGACUGAAUACUGCGCCAGCCAGAACUUAUCCGGUGGCCAAACUUCUAAUUCUGUAUAAAACAACAUUUGAAUAACUCAAUCAAAGCUUGAUAGGCAUCCUUUUCAUGUUACCGCCAAUUGUAUUUAUAAAUUUACGUGUACCUGCCAAAGCAGCUAUAUUGGCCGAACAGAAAGGAGGGCAUAUCUUAGUUUUUUGAACAUGUUCCAAAAACCCUCAGAACAAGAGACAGAAAGACUCUAAACAGUGCAAUCACCAAAAAUCUCCUUGAUACAGGACAUCAGGUCGAUACCCUACAAACUCCAGAUGUUUGUUGAAGCCGUUGUUAUGAGACGCCAAAAACCUGAUUUAUGUGUUCAAAAGGAGAUGGUUAUUAAUAUUUCCUUGCCUUGGUGACUAAUAUUCCUUCGCUGUAUCUUAUUUUUUCUUUUUCUUUAAACUCUUUCUUGCAUUUGUUACGUCACUGAGUUUUAUUCCAACUAUCCUCCAAAUCAUAAAUAAAUAGUAUAUUUGUAAUAUCCCAAUGAGUAGAAAAAUUAGAUUUUCGGCCGUUUCGUGGCUUAGUGUAAGUCACUUCUUCAGAGAAUAAAUAACCAAAUUAAAAUUAAUUCUAAUUAAUAUUACAAAUAUAUUAAUUUAUUUAUAACAAUCUACCCAGUGCUCAAUUUAUUCGAAAUUAUCAAAUCAAACCUUGGUAAUGAUACCUAUAUCUUCCAAAUUAAUAAUCUUAUUUUAUCAACUGAACUCUACUCAUUUUGUUCCUAUCAAGGUUUAUUUGUUUCUAACCGUUUGAACUGUUGUCACAAUGUUCUUUCAUCACAUAAGGUAUAUAUUUACAAUAUUCAGUCUAUUAAAUUUAUUUACAUCCCUGCUAUACUAUACUAAUAUGUCUUCAAUAUAACUUCCAAAUAAACCCUCUCAUGUAAGUAAUUUAAACCCAUUUUGUAAUUAUGAUUUUAAAUAUCACAGGUUGUAAGCAGCUGACGAGAACCAACGAAAUAAAAAUGAAUUCAUGCUAUUCUGCUAUAAUGUUUGUUCUUGCUCUUUUCAAAAUGUUAAAGGGAACUAUGUGUAUGAAAAGAGAUGUAUGUUGACUCAGUUAAUUCAAAUUAAGGUUAAAGUUGUAAUAAUCAUAAUAACAGCAAAAAUGCAGGAAUGAAACAAACACUAGUCUUCCAGCUUUGUAUGAAAACCCGACUCAACUGUUCAAAAUAUUGUUCAAAUGAUUAACAACCAAACUUUAUCAUCACUUAAGUUUAUUUUUCCUGUUCUUUUCGAGUUAAACUUCAAUCUAAUUGUAACCCUAUUGAGAUUGAACUAUUAUAUAUUAUAACAGUUUAUUCAUUGAAAAAGAUUUUGUGCAAACUUUCUAUUACGUCCUUGAUCUGUCUACCCAAUAAUACACACAAGAUAACUUGUAUCAAUCUAGAUUAAGUCCUUGAACUAUAGGCUAACUGGUUAACCCUGAGGCUAGAAAUGCGUGAGUCCGAAUCGAGACUAACUGCCUUGUACAGAGAGAUGGAAACUAUUCCAUCACUUGAUUAAUUGACCAGCGCGCGCGCGCGAGAGAGAGAGAUGAGUCAACUGGAACACCACUCGAUUUAUUCCCAAUCCUGAUUCAGGUUAGUCUAAAAAGAUAUACGAGAACAUAGAUGACUAAAAUGACCACAACGUACAAAAAAUUAGAAAAAUACAAUUAUGUUCAAAUUGGGCAUUAGGGUUGAAAAAUUGAGUACCAAAGAUUAUGUUUAAAUUGCAGUAACUUUGGCAUGGAACUGGGAAUAACUGUGAAUUGUGCGUCAAGCGAAAGCUUAUGCUUUAUAGGAUAACCUAGGGACCAAACUAAAUGUUAGUAUUCUACAAACUUUGAAUUAAGUAGAAUAAUUUUUCAAAAAACGGCUGUCGUCGUUUUUCAUGGCUUCUUUGUCCCUCUGUUCACAUUAUUUUCCUUUCUCUUCAUUAAACAGGAUGCUGCUAACAUUAUUCUCAGUUAUGCUAGUUUAUUAAGACAUGGACUAAUACCAAAUCUUAUAGGAGAUGGUUACACUGUUAAGCCAAGAUACAAUUGUCGUGACGCUGUUUGGUACUGGUUAUAUUCUAUCGUUAUUUACGAACAAUUUAUUUCAAGUACUAAAGAAUGCUGUCUGGAAGGAGAUGAUUCUUCUAGUAUUUUAAAUUGUCCAGUUUAUAGAUGGUUUCCAGAUGAUGAUACAGUUGGUUGGCCGGAUGAAUAUUUGACCAAUUCAUUAUCUAGUCAACGUAUACAACCCUUGCAUGAAACAAUGCAAGAAGCUUUGCAACGACAUAUUAAUGGUAUUGAGUUUAUCGAAAGGAACGCUGGGCCAACUUUAGAUGAACACAUGAAACCGGAAGGAUUUAAGGUUCAGGCCAAUAUUGAUUUAAAUACAGGAUUUCCUCGUGGUGGCAACGCUUUUAACUGUGGCACAUGGAUGGAUAAAAUGGGCAGUUCAUCAAAAGCUGGUAACCAGGGUAUACCUGCUACUCCUCGUGAUGGUUCCGCAGUCGAAUUAGUUGGUUUGGCGUAUGCAGUUGUAUCGUGGUUAGCAGAAUCGCAUAAUCAAGGUCCAAAUUACUCUGGCUAUUAUCCGCAUGCAGGUGUUCAACUGACAUCUGGUAAGGAACUUUCAUGGAAAGAAUGGUCAAAUCUGUUGAAAAAUUCCUUUGAAUCGCACUUUUGGAUUCCGGAAAGCACAAAGGACCCUAACUUGCUUUAUAAUAAAGGAAUUUAUAGAGAUUCUUUUGGUUCGUCUGGAGGAUACACAGAUAAUCAGCUACGCCCCAAUUUCCUUAUAACUAUGGUUGUAGCCCCUGAAUUAUUUACACCCGAACGGGCAUGGAAUGCAUUGGAAAUAGCUCAACAACGAUUAACUGGUCCAUUUGGUAUGUGCACUUUGAGUCGAGAUGAUUUAGCUUAUCGAGGAUAUUAUGAUAACUCAAAUGAUAGCUGUGACUUUUCUAUAGCUCGUGGUUUUAAUUAUCAUCAAGGCCCAGAAUGGUUGUGGCCAACUGGGUAUUAUUUACGCGCUCGUCUUAAAUUCGCUCGCAUGCUAGGCAAAUUCGAUCCUAAACAAUGGGGUCAUCUCACUCUCAACGUAACUACAGAGUGCCAGAAAACAUUUGCCAGACUGAAUCAGAGAAUGGAAUCAAGUCAGUGGUGUUCUCUUCCGGAACUGACAAAUGCAAAUGGUCAGCUUUGUAAAGAUAGUUGUGAAGCUCAAGCGUGGAGUGUGGGCUGUAUUUUAGAAGCUCUGUAUGAACUUAUUUUCACACAGAACAAAUGAGGUCCUUCAAAUUUUAGAACCACGUUAGUUAUCUUAAUACGUUUAUUUUAACACUAGUUCAGCAAUCCCUUACCUAUAAAAUGUUAUCUUUAUUUUGGAAUCUUUAUCAUAAUUUGAAUGACAGUGUUUAAUUUUGCCUUUAUAUUUUAAACUUUUACAAGGUUUUCCUCAUUGUAGUUACACUUAACAGUCAAUUAGUACGUUAUUCAUCAUGCAACCUAGAUAAAUAAAUAAAAACCCUAUCCUAUCCUUU